GGGUUUGUUUCUCUCUUAUCCAAUUGUGGUUCUGGAAUCUGCAUGAACAGAUCGGCGACGUUUGUAACCGCUGGCCAUCGGAGGAGGAGGAGGAGGAGGAGGUAAAAGUAAUCUGUCGAAGCAGUUAGAAUAACAUGUCUGCCAUCGUGUGCGGCAAGAGAUCCGCCAUAUUCGAAGACCUUCCUUCUGCUUCUGCCUCUUCUUCUUCCUCCUCCCCUCCCGUCUCCAAGAGGAUCCGCUGCUCCUCCUCUUCCCCCGUUCGCAGGCACUCCUUCCUCCUCGAUCAUCUCAUCGCUUUCUUCCCUGAUAUGGACAAGCAGCUACUGGAGAAGGCACUCGAAGAAUGCGGGAAUGAUCUCGAUUCUGCCAUCAGGAGCUUGAACGACCUUCGCCUUGGAGGAUUUCACGAUAACUCCAUUGAUUCUGCUCCUGCCGUUGGCUCCCAUGUACCGAUAGAUCCAACUGCUCACCUCCUUCCCCAAGGUGAACUGAAAUGUGAGGCAGAAGUUGCAGCUUGUGAGGAACCAGUCCCUGGACAAGAUUAUCCUUUAAAUGGUGCCGAAUGGGUGGAGCUUUUUGUUAAAGAAAUGAUGAAUGCCUCAAACAUGGAUGAUGCCAAAGCUCGAGCUUCAAGAGUGCUAGAGGCUCUGGAGAAAUCCAUUUUCACUCGAGUAAAUGCAGAAACAGGGCAGAGCUUUCACCGGGAAAAGUUGGUGCUAAAGGAACAAAUGGAGGCCCUUAUUCAAGAAAAUAUAGUUCUAAAGCGAGCAAUCUGUAUUCAGCAUGAACGCCAGAAAGAGUACGAAGACAGGAAUCAAGAGUUGCAGCAGUUGAAACAAGUAGUAUCCCAAUACCAGGAACAGCUAAGAACUCUAGAGGUGAACAAUUAUGCAUUGACAAUGCAUUUAAAGCAAGCAGAACAAAGCAGUUCCAUACCUGGGCGUUUCCAUCCCGACGUGUUCUAGUCAUCUCACAACAACCUGUUCUAUCGCUGCUGCUUUUGUAGUUUAAAUAAAUCAGGAAGAAGGAAUGAGAAGCCAAAUGCAUGGUUGUUACACUCCACCUUUAUCAAUGGUGGAUAGUGAGAUUUAUAACUACUUGAUGAUGCUUUGAUACAGCCGAAAUAUUAGGCCGUACCCAUUUAGUAAAUUGUAUUUGAUAUAGUCUUAUAGAUACCAGUCUUAUAGAUACACAUUUCUGAAGUGGUGUAUUAAAAUUUGGAAACCCUGGAUCAAGUGAAUGGUGUCAACCAUGAAGCUAGAGUUAUCAUCAAGGGUGCUGUAGCAGUAGAGGAGUAGUGGUUGCUUGUUUUGCAGGAUUCAGGAAUGUCACGAGUCCAACCAGUGUGCUGAUUUCUUGGCUGGUCUUUCAUCAGACUAAUCAGGAUUGUGGUGAUUAUAUCCUCUGAGUUGUAUCUGUGUAGUUAUCUAUAUUUUCCUGGGCAUAUAGAUUGCUCAUCAAUUCUCUUAUCAAGUAUGAUUUCUUAGUUUAUGCAAGUUUAUACAUGGAAUGUAAUGGCGAAGAUUUGAUUCUGGGCCCUUAUUAAGUUCAAGGGCAAUUUUGCUUUAAAUUUUAUUAUAAUACCAGUUCUGUUAA